AGAAACUUUGCGAUUGACCCCGGAAACAUUUUAUUUUGCGUAGGUAUCUGAAGAAUUUUCUUUUGCGAUUCGUUACUUGAUCCGGAAGAAGAGACAGCAAACGUCACCUGCGAUUGGAUCGCAGCAUAAGGGCGGGGCGUUAGCGAGCCAUUCACCUUGGCGACCGGAUGUGACGAUACCGGAAGCUGCUAGGCUGAGCUUUGCUCUCGCUGGCGGCUUUGGUGGGCGGGGUCGGCCGAGCCCGUCUGGCUUGGUCUUCACCACUGACCCGGCACCGAUAGGGGCGGCGCCAUUAAGGCCACGCCUCCCGCGCUGAUUCCCGGUGACUCUGGAGCGAUGUGCUAGGCGCUGAGGAGGCGGAGACUCAGGGCUGUUUUCUCAGAGGUUAGGGACGGACCCGCCCCGUCAGCCUCUUCGACUCUUCCGGUUUCUGGCGGCUGCGCCGCCUCCCUCCGAAGCCUGAGGAUACGCCCUCUCGAGAGCCCGCCGUCGCUCUCCUUUCAGCUUCUAACCCCUCUGAGCUGCUACGGGGCAACUCCAGCCCUACAUUCUCUCGCUCUGGUUCUCGCCACUUGGAGGACCUCGGCCCCGACACUGCCCCCUUUCCUGGAUGUACUGGCCCCUCCCACUCCUCUAAAAUGUCCAAUAACCUACAGAGGGUCUUCCUGAAACCUACAGAGGAAAAGUCAGGCAACGCCUCGCACUGGUAAGUACCGGUUUCGAAUCUCCCUCGACAUGGCCGCUCCUCGCCCGUCUCUUAGCAGGAUGUCGAGUCGGCCGUCGUUUCCUGACGUUCUGCAAUUCAGAUGCCUUUGAUCCCGCUGGUGUUUCAGGCUGCAUGUACCAAGUAGUUCAGACGAUUGGCUCGGAUGGAAAAAAUCUUCUGCAAUUACUUCCAAUUCCUAAUUCCUCUGGAAAUCUUAUACCACUAGUUCAAUCUACAGUCAUGUCUGAUGCUUUGAAAGGGAAUACAGGAAAUCCAGUUCAAGUUACUUUUCAGACUCAGAUUUCCAGCUCUUCCACAAGUGCAUCAGUUCAAUUGCCCAUUUUUCAGCCAGCCAGUUCUUCAAACUAUUUUCUUACAAGAACAGUAGACACAGCAGAAAAAGUUAGAGUUACUUCUGUGGGAACUGAAAAUUUUACCUCAUCAGUUUCUAAAGUUCAGAGUCAUGGUGUGAAAAUUGAUGGACUCACCAUGCAAACGUUUGCUGUUUCUCCCUCCUCAACACAAAAUGAUUCAUCUUAUAUUUUAGUAAAUACCCAGAGUCUUCCAAUGACUGUGAAGUCUCCGGUUUUGCCUUCUGGGCAUCAUUUACAGAUUCCAGCCCAUGCUGAAGUGAAAUCUGUACCAGCGUCUUCAUUGCCUCCUUCAGUUCGGCAAAAGAUACUUGCAACUGCAACCACAAGUACCUCAGGAACAGUUGAGGCCUCCCAAAUACCAACUGUUAUUUAUGUAUCUCCUGUAAAUACAGUGAAAAAUGUAGUUACCAAGAACUUUCAAAACAUUUACCCAAAACGUGUUACAGAAAUAGCAAAGCCAAUGAUACUAAAUACCACACAGAUUCCAAUGAAUGUUGCUAAAGAGACACAAUUAAAAGGUGGUCAGCAUUCUCAAGCUGCUCCAGUGAAAUGGAUUUUUCAAGAAAAUCUACAGCCUUGCACUCCAUCUCUUGUUCCUGUUAAAUCUUCAAAUAAUGUGGCUUCAAAGAUUUUAAAAACUUUUGUAGAUAGGAAAAGUUUGGGAGAUAAUACUGUGAAUAUGCCACCAUUGAGUACCAUCAGUCCUGGUGGGACACAAUCCAAAAGUAUGCCUAUUAAAGAUAAUGCUUUGGUUAUGUUUAAUGGGAAAGUCUAUCUAUUGGCUAAAAAGGGGACAGAUGUUUUGCCAUCACAAAUUGACCAAGAGAAUUCUGUUUCUCCUGAUAUUCCACCAAGAAAAGAUACAUCACAGAUAGUAAGUUCAAGUCCAGUCACAGAAAUAUCCAGAGAGGUUGUAAAUAUUGUUUUGGCUAAAAGUAAAUCUUCCCAGAUGGAGACAAAAUCACUUUCAAAUACCCAGCUUGCUUCCAUGGCCAAUCUAAGUGCAGAGAAGAAUAAGAAAGUGGAGAAACCAUCUCUUUCUACCCCAAACCCACAUAGUAUGAACCAAUCCAUUAACUACUUAAAGCAGAGUAAGACUUUAUUCUCAAAGCCAGACUUUCCAGAUGGAUUUAGUACAGGACAAAAUUCCCCCAGAAAAGGAAAUAUCAUCCACAGCAUAGAGAAAAUAAGUUCCUCUGUUGAUGCAACAACUGUUACUUCACAACAGUGUGUUUUCAGAGACCAAGAACCAAAGAUCCAGAAUGAGAUGGCAUCAACAUUAGAAAAAGUUACUCAAGAAAGAAAUGACAAGAACAAUUCCCAAGGAAGAAGCAAUAAGGCCUCAUAUCUGAACAAUGAUGCUGAACUUAGAAAGAUAUUUGGUCUCACUAAAGAUUUGAGAGUGUGCCUUACUCGGAUUCCUCACCAUUUGGGCUCUGGAGGAGGUUUUGAUUCUUUUAGCUGUUUGGUGAAAAGUGAUACUUACAAAGAGACAGAGUUUAUAGUGAAGGAGGAAGGCAGAAAACAGGGUUUUGAUAAGAAAAGAAAAGCAAAAACCAAUAAGAAGAUGGAUCACACAAAGAAGAGAAGAACUGAGAGUGUUUAUAACACAACUGUAAAUGGAGGAACUAAUGUCACCAGUUCCCAACUCGUUAGCAGUAUUUUACCAACUUCAAAUGUGUCACACCAUAACAUUCUCAGAGGCCGCAACAAAACCAGGGAAGAAAAGAGAUCUGAGGUAGAACACUGUACCCAUGGGAACCAAGAGAAAGGCACAUUGACUUCAAAUACAGCUUUUGAGCAAAGCCAUUCCUUCAAUAAAAAUUAUACUGAAGAUAUUUUCCCCAUGACACCACCAGAGUUAGAAGAAACCAUUAGAGAUGAAAAAAUAAGAAGACUUAAGCAGGUGCUGAGAGAAAAAGAAGCAGCUCUUGAAGAAAUGCGUAAGAAGAUGCACCAAAAAUAAUAAAAUGUUGCUAUACGUAAAGACUUCAGUGAAAUAGCUGUGUUUUUUCAUAUACUUUAGCACUGAGUUAAUUAUAGAUGCAUUCUGAAAGUGUCUUUGAAUAUGAAACUUGUCUUUUCAUCAGUUGAUUAUAAAAUUUUAUUUAAGGAAUACAGAAAAGGUUGAUUAUAUGACUUUUGUGAAUAAUCUCAUGGGGUAUCUGAAUCUUUGUCUAGAUACCUUUUUUUGGAAGGAAAAGUUUUCUAUUUUUCUAUUACUUUAACUUGAAUUCCCCAAGUUUGAAUAUUUGUUAUUGUUUGUACAUUUAGCUAAAUUGCUCAGAUGUUAUUCCAACAAUAGGUAAUUAUUGUGUACUUUUUAAAUUAUA